AUGGCCAGCGGGUACCAGCUCUGGGCACCCUGGUCCCCCCUGGAUGAGUCCCUGCAAUGGCUGCGGGGUGCCGUGCCCAAGCCCAGCAGCACCAAGCACCCCUUUCGGGGAGGGCACAGUCCAGCCACUGCCACCGACCUGGAAGUGCAGCUUUGCUUCCAGGGGCUCAGCCUGGUGCUGGAGCCCAGUGCCAAGACAGGAGCUGGGCACCCACAACCCCCUGGAGUGGCUGGAGAGUCACGAGGAUGCAGCGGAGCUGUGCACAAGCCCCAGGCCGUGCGGCUCACGGGGCUCGACUCAGUCUUUGGGCACCUUGUGACGGUACAGCCUCCGCACUGGACCGGCUCGCUGCGGGUUUCAGAGCGUUCUGCCUUCUGCCAAGUCAUCAGUCCCCAGCAGCGCAGGCCUCAUGGGCUCCGCGAACCACAAGUGCGCAUGGCGAUGGCUAUGUGCCGUCAAAUGCUGCGAGCCAUCCUCCUGCUUUAUGCUGCCUACAAGAAGUGUGCCUUUGCCCUGCAACAUUCCCGCUAG